UGUGGUUUGUGCUUUUACUGUGAAAAGAAGUCACACCGGAAGUUCCCUUCCAUUCAAUCUUCCGCGGCUAAGCUAAGUUAGCAAUGGACCAAUCUGGAGCAGCACCGUGGAGGCCCCCCCGGGAAUGUGAUGACUACUGGAGUGAAUUCAGACACUGCAAAAGCUUGUGGAAUCGCUUCCACCACUACUACACUUAUGGAACCUUCCCAUCCUGCAAGCAGUGGAAGGAGGACUAUCGUAACUGCAGUCAGUGGGAGAAACACAAAACCAUCGAGGCAAAGGAAGCGUUGCAGGCGAGUGAAAGGUGCAGAGUGGCAGAGCAGAGAAAGUUCACCCCGGUGUGGAACCUGAGGCAAGGCCCUCCCAGAGACUGGAACCUGCCCUUGAACCAGGGGAGGCCUCAGGACUAAUGGAUUUUAACCUGCUGCCUCUGCUCUGGCCGAAGCAAAGUGAACUGAACAUACGUAAUAUAUUUAAUUUCAUGGACAUAAAAUCCCUAUGAGCUACAUGCUGGAGACUCUUGGUCACUCACUGCCAUCUCAGAUUGAGUUCAGAGAGCUGCUGUGUGGAAGCAGAUGUGUACAGUAUAUUCAAACAGUGAGGGCAGCAUCUAGUGGCCAAUGAUGAGGAUGGCAACAAAUGAAUUACAUUAUAAUACCUGUUAAAGCACUUCUGUUUUUUACAGUCAUAAGUAAUAAGGUAUCCACAGCUUUCGUAAACAGAAGCAGAGGAUGACUGCACUCACACUUGAUUUAACACAGUUUAAUAUUAAUUGUUCCUUGUUAGGGAAGAACAAUAUAUGGUUAAAUCAUACAGUGGGUACUUACUCAGGAUUGUAUUUAUGUCAACUAAGUAACGGAUUGGCUGUGCAUGGAUUAAAAAAAAUUCUACACGAGAAUGUACCAAGACUGUUUUGCAUCAAGCAAAGUAGUCCUCUCUAAAUUAACUCGUUUGGCUGUUUCUGAUACUGUAGGUGGUCGUUAUUGAUGCAUUAAUGUGGCAGAACUCAGCUGUUAUGUUUCAACCCAUCCAGAGCUGUGCACUAUAUUUCAGCCUUAUAUGAUUUAGUUGUGGAUUUAUCCUUAAAUCACAGAAUUAUUCUGAACAAAUUGGAUCAAUAAAAAAAAAUUCAGUUUUA